AGUGUCUCCUGAUGCAGCAAAAGGAAAAAUGCUGUCUUUGCUUGCCUCCCACAGGAGGGAAAUUAACAAGGAAAGAUCAACAAGGGGAACUGGAAAAGGGCAGGACGAAGUAUACUCAAGUAAAUGGUUUGCAUAUGAAGCUUUGAGGUUCAUUAAGGAUAAAAACCAAUGUAAACCAACUUUGAGCUCAUCCCUUCCGCCAAAGGUUAAUCAGGAGACAAUUUCACAGGUUGAGGAGGUUGAGGAUCUGGAGUGCACCGCAACUGUUGAUGUAGAGGACGAGGAUAAUGUCAUGGAAGCAGAUGAUAUCGAACAGUCUCAGUCUGCAUCAACUUCAUCAAGGGAGCAAUUUGUACAACCUUCUGCACCCAAGCGCAAAAGAAAAACACCACCUACUGGUGGUACUCAGGUGGACCGAGUUGUGGAUAUGUUGGAACGAUCUCUGGAUCGCAAUGAUUGUGACGUGUUUGGAGAGCUACAGUUGAGUACUACGUCAACAAUAUUCUGUUUGACGCUGACAUGGGCUAUCUUCAAGUGCCUACUCGGUAUCAGCCACCAACAUUAA